AUGCAAUUCAAAAGUACUCUAGCUUCUGCUGCUUUGACUUCCUCCGCUUUGGCUCACUACGGUGCUGAUCAAUCAUGGUCCACUUUGACCCCAUCUGGUACUUACCAAGGUGCUAAAUCUUCUUACUCUGCUACUUUCGGUAUCGCAGUUCAAACCAUUGCUAACAGCUCCACUCACACUGCUUCUCAAGUGAAGAGAGCUGCUCCAGUCACUCAAAUUGGUGAUGGUCAAAUCCAAGCUACUACUGCUACUCCAUCUCCAUCUCCAAAGCCAUCUGCUCAACCAAUCUCUCAAAUUGGUGACGGUCAAAUCCAAGCUACCACUGGUACCCCAUCUAGCAAGCCAUCUCCAAAGCCAUCUGCUCAACCAAUCUCUCAAAUUGGUGACGGUCAAAUCCAAGCUACCACUGGUACCCCAUCUAGCAAGCCAUCUCCAAAGCCAUCUGCUCAACCAAUCUCUCAAAUCGGUGACGGUCAAAUCCAAGCUACCACUGGUACUCCAUCUAGCAAGCCAUCUCCAAAGCCAUCUGCUCAACCAAUCUCUCAAAUCGGUGACGGUCAAAUCCAAGCUACCACUGGUACCCCAUCUGCUAAGCCAUCCGCUCAACCAAUCUCUCAAAUUGGUGAUGGUCAAAUUCAAGCUACUACUGGUACUCCAUCAGCUAAGCCAUCUGCUCAACCAAUCUCUCAAAUUGGUGAUGGUCAAAUCCAAGCUACUACUGGUACAUCUUCUAAGCCAUCUGCUCAACCAGUUUCUCAAAUUGGUGACGGUCAAAUCCAAGCUACUACCAGAACCACCACUUCUUGUUCUACCACUUCUGCUAAGCCAUCUGAGAACGCUGCAUCUCAAAUCGCUGACGGUCAAGUUCAAGCUACUGGUAACAGCACCAGAACCACUUUGAGCCCAUCUUCUAACACCGAUGCUGCUCCAUCUUUGACUACUUCUGCUGGUGCCGUUCAAACCGCUGCUUCUGACGGUGUUGCUGGUGCUCAAGCUUGUAAGAACAACGGUACUCUACAAUUGAAAUUGGAAGACGGUAUCUUGCACGAUAUUAAGGGUAGAAUCGGUUCUAUUGUCUCUAACAGACAAUUCCAAUUCGACGGUCCACCACAAGCUGGUGCCAUCUACGCUGCUGGCUGGUCUAUCACCCCAGAAGGUAACUUGGCUCUAGGUCAAGCUGAUGUCUUCUACCAAUGUUUGUCUGGUAACUUCUACAACUUGUACGACGAAAACAUUGGUGACCAAUGCCACCCAGUCCACUUGGAAGUUCUAGAAUUGGUCGACUGUUAA